CAGCCACUUACUCAGGAAAGUGCUAAGCACGCGUCAAUGGUAGCAGCCCAUCUCUCUCUCUCUCACUAUAGAAAGUGAAGGCAAAUUUGUGCCACCGUUUGAAUCGCUCCCUCUUUCUCUCUUUUCCUCAAUAAUAAUAAACUAACUUUCAUCUCUCUCUUCCAUCCCUAAUCUACCCCUGUACGUACCCCUUUCUUCUUCAUCAUCAUCAUCAUUUUCGUCAGAUUCCACUCCCUUUUCCUUUUCUCUUUAUUUUCCCUCUGAAAAUGACAACUCCUGCGUUGAAGAACAACUUCUUGCCACCGGGGCUGGUCUCCAAUCUUCAACAAGCCCUCUCUAACCGCAAGCCCGCCGAAGACGACGGUGCUUCGUCCAAACCCGAUAAAACUGAUGACGAUUCGGCUCAGCCCUCUUCUUCCGGGAAUGAGCCCGGCGAGAAUGAUGAGUCCAAGCCCAUCAUUUUGGUUACCAAUAGUGAUGGGAUUGAGUCGCCGGGCCUUUCUUAUUUGGUCGAUGCUCUCGUUCGUGAAGGCACUUACAAUGUCCACGUCCUUGCUCCUCAAUCGGACAAAUCUACAUCAGGGCAUUCAUUGUCGCUGAAGGAGACAGUUGAGGUGGCUUCUGUUGAGGUUAAAGGUGCCACUGCGUAUGAAAUUUCUGGAACUCCGGUUGAUUGUGUGUCGUUAGCACUAUCUGGUGCACUGUUUGCCUGGUCGAAGCCUCUGCUGGUAUUAAGUGGUAUUAACAAGGGUUCGAGCUGUGGCCACCAUAUGUAUUAUUCGAGUGUUGUUGCUGGAGCUAGAGAAGCACUAAUCAAUGGUGUUCCAUCAAUAUCAAUAUCGCUAAACUGGAAGAAGGAUGGAAGUGAGGAAAAUGACUUCAAGGAUGCUGUGACUGUGUCCUUACCCAUAAUAAAUGCAGCCAUAAGAGAUAUAGAGAAGGGGGUUUUCCCUAAAGGCUUCUCAUUGGAUGUAGAAGUUCCAACAUCACCCUUGGCAAACAAGGGCCUCAAGGUUACCAAGAGAAGCCUUUGGAGGUCCACCCUCAGCUGGCUUGCCAUCUCAGGCACCAGGCAUCAGUCUGCUGCACGUUUUACUGGCAGCCAGCCAGGCUUUGGCAUGCAGUUCGCGCAACUCAGCCGUGAUGCCUCUGCUGCUGGUGCUGCUCGCCGUUUGACUACUCAGAAGAACAAUAUUGAGGUUGUGGAAUCAGUUGGUGCUGCAGGGAAAUCUGAUUUUAAAAGGACUGUUAAGUAUUUCCGUGCAGAGAUGGUUGACAAGGAACAUGAAGCAGAGGACGAGGAUCUGGAUUUUAGAGCGCUUGAAAGUGGCUUUGUUUCACUUACUCCAUUCUCUCCAUCUCUGCAACUAAAUCCGGAGACUGAAACUGCUGCUUUAGACUGGAUUUCUUCUGCACUACUAGCCGGGCAAUAAGAACCCCUGCUGCAAGCAUAACGAGUAAUAUUGUACAUUUGAAAAGCCACAAGCUUAGUUGUCUCUGCCACAUGUAUUUUUCUAAGAACCAUGAGGCCGUAUUUAUUUAUUUUUUCCCCAAUUUCUCCCGCUACUUAGUUACAUUACAUCUCUUAUAAUGUGUUGCGAGGCAAAAUGCUUCCCCUAUUAAUUUAUGUUUUUGGCACUUUCUUGUUGUAGUAGGAUCACCCAUCUUUCUCCAGUUCCUUUGUAGUGAGACAGUAUGGGUUUUACCAUUGUAUUUCUUUCUUCCUCAGAUAUUUGUUUGGGUUGGAUGGAUGGAUUUGGUUUGUUGUAUUUCCUCCUCAUUAAAGGGACUGACUGAAAGAUUGGCUACUCUGCUUUCCCAGUUAAAA